UUCAUCAGGUAACUAUUAGUAUUUGUGGGCUAAACUUUCGAAUAGAAAUGGGUGUAUUUCCAGGAUUUGGUAGCUGGAUCAAUGAUCAGAACACUCAACAGCCUCCUAAGGCCGAGUCCGAGAGAUCUGAGAAUGUUGAAUCUAAGUCGAUGUCAAAGAAAGAUAGUAAUAAUGCCCCUACUAAGGAGAAGAAGGCAUAUCAUGACGAAAAAGAGGAGGAGAAGCAAGAUCAACUUUGGCAUCAUGCAGAGAAGGAGCAUCCAUGGUAUGAUGCCCCUCCUAAGGUCAAGGUGACAAGGAAAAAGGGUAUUUACCAUAUGAACAUAGAAUUUACAGCUGGAAUGACUCCUUAUGGAGUCUACUUCCUUUUGACUGUUCCAGAACACGGCCCGUUCUUCGAUGAGGUCAAGCGGCGCAGACUUAUGGAAAACAAAUCAGUAAAGGUAUUGAUGGAUGAUGGACCGAGGCAAAUCUCGAAGGUGGAGAAAUUUGUGGUUUGGGACUUCCUUUGGUGGUCUAUACCUAUCCCAAUAAAUCUAAUUCUCGAUGAAAACAGAAAAGAGCUUACGACAAAAUACAAAAAAGAGAAAGUAAUGUUGAUGAAAGUGUUCGAGGGUAACUAUAAAGUGGAGCCAAUAUACGCAGAUCAAGAACGGUUGUGCAAGCAUAGGUUACCAAAGAGCUUAGAAGAAUACAAAAUAUGUAGCGGCGGAAAAGGAAAGCUUGCGGCGAAAGUAACAAUGAACCAAUACUUUCAGCCAUAUUUUCCUUUUAAUCUACCUCCGCUUUCUUGGUACAUCCGUGGGAUUACCAUCAAAACCAGUAAAAAUCUGCUCAAAGCGUUUCAAAAUAUGACUACCGAGUUUCGAAAGGCUCAGCGAAAUCCCUAG